CGCCCCCGGGUCCGAGGACCUCCCGCCGCGGCCCGCUCCGCCCGCUCCACUUCGUGGCAACUUCGGCGGCCGCGCGCCGCAGCCUCGGCCGCCUUUGAAGUUCGCGGCGCUGCCCGCGAAGUUGGGACGCUCGAGCCGAUUUCGCUCCUCUUAUCCGCCGCCGCCUCGCCCCGUCCCCGCGGUUCAGCGGCCCGCCGCAGCGGGGACGUGGACAUUUGCACCCACGCCGCGGGGAGGGCGCUUCCUCUCCCCCGGGAGGAACAGAUUUUCCUCAGGAUGGUUCCUCUCCAGUGGUGUCUGCUGUGGCUGCUCUUUCCACUCAGCUCAUGGACCCAGAAGUUCCCCACUCGAGAUGAGGAACUCUUUCAGAUGCAGAUCCGGGACAAGGCAUUUUUUCAUGAUUCGUCGGUAAUUCCAGAUGGAGCUGAAAUUAGCAGUUAUCUUUUUAGAGACACACCUAAAAGGUACUUCUUUGUGGUCGAGGAAGACAACACGCCGCUGUCUGUCACAGUGACCCCCUGCGAUGCACCCCUGGAGUGGCAGCUGAGCCUGCAGGAGCUGCCAGAGGACGCCAGCGGGGAGGGUUCAGGUGACCCAGAGCCGCUGGAGCAGCAGAAGCAGCAGAUCACCAACGAGGAAGGCACGGCCUUAUUCUCCUACAAAGGCAACGACGUGGAGUCUUUUGUAGCGUCUAGUUCUCCCUCUGGUUUGUAUCAGUUGGAGCUUCUGUCCACAGAGAAAGACACACACUUCAAACUGUACGCCACCACCACGCCCGAGUCCGACCAGCCGUACCCCGAGCUGCCGUACGACCCCCGAGUGGACGUGACGUCCCUGGGCCGCACCACGGUCACGCUGGCCUGGAAGCCGAGCCCCACCGCCUCCCUGCUCAGACAGCCCAUUCAGUACUGCGUGGUGGUCAACAGAGAACACAACUUCAAAAGUCUCUGCGCGGCGGAGGCCAAACUGAGCGCGGACGACGCGUUCAUGACGGCGCCGAAGCCGGGUCUGGACUUCAGCCCCUUUGACUUUGCCCACUUCGGCUUCCCUUCGGACAACGCGGGUCAAGAGCGCGGCUUCCUGGGCAAGCCGUCCCUAAAAGUGGCGCGCCCCGUGUACUCGCGGCCCAAGGCGGACAUGCAGAAAAUCUGCAUCGGGAACAAGAACAUCUUCACGGUGUCCGACCUGAAGCCCGACACCCAGUACUACUUCGACGUCUUCGUGGCCAACAGCCGGAGCAACAUGAGCACGGCCUACGUGGGCACCUUUGCCAGGACCCAGGAGGAGGCCAGGCAGAAGACCGUGGAGCUGAAAGAUGGCAAAGUGACAGACGUGUUUGUGAAACGGAAGGGAGCCAAGUUUCUGCGGUUUGCCCCGGUCUCCUCCCACCAGAAAGUCACCUUCUUCGUUCACUCUUGUCUGGACGCUGUGCAAAUCCAGGUGAGAAGAGAUGGGAAACUCAUUCUGUCCCAGAAUGUGGAGGGCAUUCGGCAGUUUCAGCUUCGAGGCAAACCUAAAGCUAAGUACCUCCUCCGACUGAAAGGAAACAAGAAAGGGGCGUCCCUGUUGAAAAUCCUGGCGACCACGCGGCCCAGUAAGCAGUCCUUCCCCUCUCUUCCCGAGGACACGAGGAUCAAAGCGUUUGACAAGCUGCGCACCUGCUCCUCGGCCACUGUGGCUUGGCUGGGCACGCAGGAGAGAAACAAGUUUUGCAUCUACAAGAAGGAAGUGGACGGCAAGUACAGUGAAGACCAGAAGAAAAGGGAACAAAACCAAUGCCUGGGACCAGAUACCAGGAAGAAAUCAGAGAAGGUCCUCUGUAAAUAUUUCCACAGUCAAAACCUGCAAAAAGCAGUGACCACAGAAACAAUUAAAGGUCUUCAGCCUGGAAAAGCUUACCUGCUGGAUGUUUAUGUCAUAGGACACGGGGGGCACUCUGUGAAGUAUCAGAGUAAAGUCGUGAAGACCAGGAAGUUCUGUUAGUCCCCUGAUGUAGAGACAGACUCGGGAGAACGCCAGGACAGACUGCAAAUCACUCUGAAGUGUGAACUGACUACUCCGGCAGCUGAGAGAAGCUGUGCCCGGUACCUGUGCGUGGGGAGGGAAGGAUGCCAACGUGGGUAUUUGUCGGAGGAGACUGUUCUCACGUGCCCCAGUGGUACCAGCGUGCGUCCGAUGUCCACUCGUGUUGAAGACGGAGGACAUCUUGAAGGAACGGCCAUCCCUUGCUUUGACCACUGCAUGACUGCUUCUAAAUUAUUUUAUUACCUAAAAAUUUAAAAUAUGCCAUCCAUUGCACACAGCCACAAAAUGCAAAUCGUUCCUCUCUACAGAUGCUAGUAUAUAUAUAUAAAUUAUUUUAUAAAGUCUUGUUUUAAAUGUCAGUGUUUCUAUGAUUGUAAACUAUUAAAUUCUUUUCCUGUUAAAAGUACAGAUCUAAUCUAAGUAUAUGAAGUGGACAGCCUCUAGUCAGUUAUAUUGUAAAUUCUUAUCUGUUGAGUAAAAUGUUUAAAUGCUGUAUGUAUCUCAUGUACAAAGUUGACAUACAUUAUAUUCAUGUACAUAAAAUUAAAGAUAUUAGACUAUA